UGAGAGAGCCUGGCGUACACUUCUUUCCCUUCUCGCCACUCCAGCUGCGCCCAUGUCAGCCGGGCACAUAAUCAGUGUGCCAUAAAGCAGUAGAUGCUCCUUAUCGCGGUGACCCGACGGGUUCACGUUACUUCACAGGGUUCAUCUGAGGAGAGGUCUCGGCCCCUCCUGUUCCCCCGAGACCCGGAGCGGAGCGAAACCUAAAUGUUAUUCAUUUCUGUAUCAAUAACGGAGUUCCAUUCGCAGUCACCAGAGCCGACGAAAAGGUUCACAGGGAGUCGUUACUUCACUCCCUUUUAUAAUGGGAAGUCCUGAUAGCUGAAAAUGUCACCAAUUUCUGGUUCAUCACGGCUGGCUGAUGACACCUCAACUCCAUACAAUUCCAGUAUUCGUUUCUAACUCUUCACUCAUCUGUACAAUCCUACACUAUGGCGAGCAAGAGGAAAUCCACCGUUCCCUGUAUGAUUCCAUCAAAAAGCAAGCACAUGCGGGAGGACAUCAUACUAGGAUGCUUACCUGAGCUCCUGCCCACAAUACCCGAAGACAGCAUCCUCAGUAUCUCUUCAAAAGAUGAGGAAACACAACGAUUCCAUGAUUUCUCGAAAGCCGAACCGAAGACUUCAUGCUGGGAAAGAGGAACAUACAGCUGCCCUCUGUGCUGCUUUGAGUCCGGAGACUUGAACCUGUUUCUUCACCAUAUGGACAACUGUCACAUGGACUUUCAUGCUCAACCAAACUUCUACUGCCUGUCUUGCAAGGUCUCAGCUGUGAAGUUUGAAGGUCUCGCUUUACAUAAUGCAAAAUCACAUCCUGAACUCCAUUCAGUGCACAAGAGAGUAUCCUUGCAGGUUACCAAACGAGAUGGGGCUAUCACAGUGGAGCAAACCCUGUUUACAGAAGCAGAUUUAAGUGAAUCCGGAAUAUCCAUUACCAAGACACCCAUAAUGAAAAUGACCAAAGGGGGGCACAAAAAAAUUGUUGUCUCCCAUACAGUUGAGGUACAACGGGCUGAGCCUAGCAUCGACAAGCCCGCAACUGUAACCAAUGGCACUUCAGUAAGGACCUUACCCCUAACAACAUCACAUAUCAUUGGUGGCAUUAUUGCCUCUCCGGUUCAUAAAAUCCCCAACGCACUUGGUAUACCAGGGAUGCAUAACCGUGGUCCUCUGUGGAACUCUAAUCCGUCAUCGCCUGAUUCAAAUGCUGAUCUCCCAAAGGUCAUGAUCCCUCUAAGUAGCAUCCCCACCUAUGAUCCAGCCAUGGAUUUAAGCAGUUUUCUUAAGACAUCUUUUGGUAAGUUCCCUUACCCUACCAAAGCAGAGCUCUGUUACUUGACGGUGGUCUCUGGCUUCCCAGAGGAGCAGAUCAAGCUCUGGUUCACGGCCCAAAGGCUGAAGCAAGGGAUCAGCUGGUCUCCUGAGGAGAUUGAGGACACACGUAGAAAGAUGUUCAACACUGUAUUCCAAGCCCCACCGAAAACAUCACGGAAUCAGUCGCAUCACCCCUUUUCCCAACACUGUGUUUCUGUCCAGUCCGCCUCUUUGAUUUCUAACUCUACACAACAAAUACCAAAGGGAAGUGUAAUGGGUUGGAAAGGAGGGGUCAUAGUCAGCCAGUCUAGUGUGACCAAGGCCACAUCCCUUAAGCAGCAGCAGCAGCCAGUGGUCCAGACGCCACAGGUAAAUAUCCAUCAUGCUGUCAUUACUAAGGAAACUGGAAAAGAAUUAUCUUGUCGGACAGCUGAGAACUGCAAAAUUGCAGGCAGAGGAGGUAGCGUUAGCAAUCAUGGACACACUGGAAAAGGCUGCAGCUCGUCCAUUAAGACUAGCGUUAGCUUCUUGCCUGGCGUUCCCAAGAGUCAAAACAGCAGUUACAUUGAGGGCAGCAUUAUGACUCUGACGAACAUAGUCAGGAAAAUUGACUGUCAUGUCAAUGACAGGAACGCAAAUUGCACCAGCAAAUCUAACAUCAGUCCAACUUCCAUUCAUGGGCAACAGAAAGCAUCCAGUAAUGCAAAAGAAAACAGCAACAGCAGCUUUGCCACCACCAGCAAAUAUAACAACGGAAGCACUUAUAAAAGCACCAGCCACAGUACUAUUUGCACUAAAAGCGAGGGAAACAUCUUAGACCACACCAGCAAAAGCAACACUGACACUAGUGUCAUUUGUAGCAGCAGCAGCAACAUACAAACUGAAAAGUUUAUACCACCCCUUACCCAUAGCCUGUUCCCACAGCCUGGAAGUCUCAUGGAUCCAUCCCUUGGAAAGGGCAAGGUAUUACCUGAGCAACCAGUGACUUUGAAGCAAAGCUUUAUCCAUAACUCAUUCCCAGAACAAAAGCAGUUUCUUGCACCCCAAGGUCAACCAUACCACAUACGUACUUUGACAGACUCCCAGUCUGCUGUGGGGGUAUCGUUUAGUAACUUGCCCCAGAGCUCCCUUCAAUCUAACCCUGCAGCAAGUUCAUGUCUUCAGGAGGAAACGAGUCAACACUCCUCUCCAUCCCUUUCUGCUCCUCAAGAGCAACAUUCUCCAAAAACCCUGCUGGGAGCACCUCAGGUCCAGUCCACAGGCUCUACUGCCGUCCACUACAAGGAACAUGACCCCAAGCACUUACUUGCCUUAGACAAAGACUCUAAGCAAUCAAAUUUUGAUAAAGAAAGGUUGCACAGAAACAUAACGCAAAAAGAAAAUGAAGGAAGCGUUUCUGAACACCACAGCGGAAUUACAAAUACAUUUUACAAGGCUGACAGGAACGAGCAUAGCAACCUAAUUAACACACUAGAUACUUUCACAAACAAUAACACUAACAAGGCUAAACAAGGCAUGCCACUCUUACAACAAUAUAUACAGAAAGUGGACCAAUGGGAAAGCAACAGUGACUAUCAUGAAGAGUCGAAUGUGAGCCCUAUGAAGAUAAACGUAAUAGCGUUGAACAAAGAAGAGAGUUUGUACAAGACCAACAGCAAGCAGCAAAUCAGUAAGUCAUUGGAGAACUUGAUCAAUGAUGGUGGUCCUAGCCAUAAAAACAAAUCUUCAGAAUGGCUCGAAAGCUACCGGCAUGUACCGGUGGAGGCUGAGGAGCGUAUAUCUGAUAUAGGUAACACUGAACCACAUCAACCAGAUAACCUUGUGGGGCUUGAAACAGAGCAAGUAAAACAUGACCUACACCCGGAGCGGAAAAGUAUUUUUCAGAGUCUAGACUCUGAAACUCCUACGCUGCCGAUAAAGAACAAAUCCAAAGUGGCUACAGUGGAUUUAGACAAAUCAACUACAGGAGAACAAGACUACUGGGAGAUAAAAGAUGAGGAGCAUCAGCAACCAAUGGGCAACCAGAGUUUGAGGGGGCAUCAAGCGCAAGACAGUCAAUCAAGGGACUGUCUGAGAGGAGAGCUUCUGAAAGUUUAAGGACUUCACUCUGCAAGACGAAGAGGCAGAGGAUCCCGUACUCAUUCUGAACAUUACGUUUGUUGUUUUCUUUAAAUAUGACAGCUGAUGAGAUUGUAACAUUUGUGAUGGUCAGUGGACAUGAGUUUUCGGAAAACGGCCCAAUCCAGAGAGUAGCCGCUACAAAUGUAGGUCUGAUUUGAUUUAGGUAAAUUCUGUGUAGGAAACUAUGAUGUAUAUGCUUGAAACUGCACUAUCGAGGGUGUACUGGACAUUAGGAAUGUCAGUUAGAUAUUGUGAUACUUUGUAACAUGUCAGAUAAUCAGCACUUCUGCAAUGCCUUGGGUUUUACAUUAUUUGUUGGGAUAUUCCAACCAGUUUUCCCUUCUUCAUGUCCAGAUCAAAUAAGUUCUCCAUGGUUUAUUUUUUCACACAACAUUGAGCAGUUAGCGACAAAUCAUGCACUAUAACUCGCUUUAGUGGUGUCUGUCUGCACACACAACAAAUUGGCCAGACAUUGCCUUAAACGUCACCUUUCUAUUUCUAUGACUGGCUGCACAAACAAGCAACUGUGUUGAUGUGUGUAUAAAUUGGGGAUUUGAAAUCCCAACAGAACUGCUGCUAUAUCUUCGGAGGUGUUUUUUUAAUAAGCAUUAACAAGAUUAUUAUAUGUGAAAAGCUUAAAA